GACCCUGCCGCUGUGCUGCCGCCGGUGUCCCCUGGGAGCGGAGGCGGGCGGGCGGGCUCCCGCGCGGCGCGGCAGGUGGGGCGGCCGCGGCUCGAGCGCGUGAAGGUGUCUCUUGCGGCGGCGGAAAAUCCGCUUCAUCCUUUGGCGCCUCCUGGGGAGUGGCCUGGCGCGGCGGCCCCGGGCUCUUUGCACGAUGCCGGGCCGAGGCGGGGACCGCGCUGGCCCGUAGGAAACGGCGGCAGCUGGGUCUGGCACAGGGCGGCAGAGUACAGCCGGGAAACCCGAUCCCCAGGGCGUCCCGCAGCUGGGUAGUUGGUUCUUGCUGGUUCCCUGACGCGAUUACACGGUUCGGCGCCGGGAAGGAACGAGACGAUGGCGGCCGGGUGCCCGCCCUGGAGACCCCCGAGCAUUCCCUCCCCGGAGGAAUAUGGCUCAGUGAAAGGUUAAUCAUGUUUGUCAGCCAGAGGUGAAAGUGGCUCAUCAGAGCAACAUCUGGAAAUCUGGCAGACUGGAAGAGAACAGCUGCCCCCCAGGGCAGCUGCAAAGUGUGAAACAUGGAGGAAAGCAAGAAUGAGAAGGUGAACCAGGCUCAUGUUCUCUUCGACAGAUUUGUCCAGGCCUCAACCUGCAAGGGGACUCUGAAGGCUUUCCAAGAGCUCUGUGACUAUCUUGAGCUAAAGCCUAAGGACUAUCGUUCUUUCUAUCACAAACUCAAGUCUAAGCUCAAUUACUGGAAAGCCAAAGCCUUGUGGGCCAAAUUGGAUAAAAGAGGCAGCCAUAAGGACUACAAAAAGGGGAAAGCAUGCGCCAACACGAAGUGUCUGAUAAUUGGGGCUGGACCCUGUGGCCUUCGUACAGCCAUCGACCUGUCGUUCCUGGGAGCCAAGGUGGUGGUCAUAGAGAAGAGGGAUGCCUUUUCCCGCAAUAACGUGCUGCACUUGUGGCCCUUCACCAUCCACGACUUGAGGGGUCUCGGCGCCAAAAAGUUCUACGGCAAGUUCUGUGCAGGAUCCAUAGACCAUAUCAGUAUCCGUCAGCUCCAACUUAUCCUUUUAAAGGUGGCCUUGAUCUUGGGAAUAGAGAUCCAUGUCAAUGUGGAAUUUCAGGGGCUUGUUUACCCUCCGGAGGAUCAGGAGAAUGAAAGAAUAGGCUGGCGUGCAUUGGUCCAUCCAAAAACCCAUCCAGUGUCUGAGUAUGAGUUUGAAGUAAUCAUUGGAGGGGAUGGCAGGAGGAACACGUUAGAAGGGUUUCGUCGGAAGGAGUUCCGCGGUAAGCUGGCAAUCGCUAUCACAGCAAACUUCAUCAACCGCAACACCACGGCUGAAGCCAAAGUAGAAGAGAUCAGUGGGGUGGCCUUCAUAUUCAACCAGAAGUUCUUCCAGGAUCUACGAGAAGCCACAGGUAUUGACUUGGAGAACAUUGUCUACUACAAAGAUGAUACACACUACUUCGUCAUGACUGCCAAAAAACAGAGCUUGCUGGACAAAGGAGUGAUACGGCAUGACUAUGCUGACACAGAGUUACUGCUGUCACGGGAGAAUGUGGACCAGGAGGCCCUGCUCAACUACGCCAGAGAAGCUGCUGACUUUUCCACUAAUCAGCAGCUGCCAUCACUGGACUUUGCCAUCAAUCACUAUGGCCAGCCUGAUGUGGCCAUGUUUGACUUCACCUGCAUGUAUGCAUCAGAAAAUGCAGCCCUCGUGCGAGAACAGAACGGCCACCAGUUACUUGUGGCACUGGUUGGGGACAGUCUUCUAGAGCCAUUUUGGCCAAUGGGAACUGGAAUAGCCAGAGGAUUUUUGGCUGCGAUGGACUCUGCUUGGAUGGUACGCAGUUGGUCACUCGGGGCUAGUCCUCUGGAAGUUCUUGCAGAGAGGGAAAGCAUUUACAGGCUGCUGCCUCAGACCACCCCUGAGAAUGUGAGUAAAAACUUCAGCCAUUACAGCAUCGACCCUGCCACCCGGUACCCCAAUAUCAACGUCAACUUCUUGCGGCCUCAGCAGGUACGCCACUUGUAUAAUACAGGAGACUUGAAAGACAUUCACCUGGAAAUAGAGAACUUUGUGAACUCCAGGACACCAAAGCUGACUCGAAAUGAGUCUGUAGCUCGCUCUAGUAAGUUGCUCAGUUGGUGCCAGAGGCAGACGGAUGGCUAUGCUGGUGUUAAUGUGACAGAUCUCACUAUGUCAUGGAAAAGUGGCCUGGCUUUGUGUGCCAUUAUCCACAGAUACCGUCCAGACUUAAUAGACUUUGAUUCUUUGGAUGAGCAUAAUGUGGAGAAGAAUAACCAGCUGGCCUUUGACAUUGCUGAAAAAGAGUUUGGAAUAUCUCCCAUUAUGACUGGAAAGGAAAUGGCAUCUGUUGGAGAGCCAGAUAAGCUGUCGAUGGUGAUGUACCUCACACAGUUCUAUGAGAUGUUCAAAGACACCAUCCCUUCUAGUGAUACUCUGGACCUGAAUGCAGAAGAAAAAGCUGCCCUGAUUGCCAGCACCAAAUCUCCUAUCUCCUUUCUCAGCAAACUGGGGCAAAGCAUCUCUCGGAAGCGCACUCCAAAGGACAAAAAAGAGAAAGAUCUGGAUGGUGCAGGAAAGAGGAGAAAAACCAGCCAGUCUGAGGAUGAGGACAUCCCACGGAGCUACAGAGAAGAGAGGCCCACGCUGGUGAGCGCUCUGACAGAAAGGAGAAUUGAUGCUGCCAUUGGCAAUCAGAACAAAGUCAAGUCCAUGGCAACCCAGCUGCUGGCCAAGUUUGAGGAGAACGCCCCAGUGCCGUCGUCCAGCUUGCGAAGACAGCAGCCUGUCCUGCCUUAUCAAGAACGUGCUCACAACCAAGCAGCCAGCAGACGAGAGCAGGGUCGUCUUGCUCCCAUACCCCAGUGGAAACAGAGGAACAGGGAACCUGGUGCUGGCUGUCGCGGGGAGCAGAGUCCCAGGCAGGAGAGGAGAUCUCCUCGUUUAUUUUCUGAUGACCAAGUGCCUGAUAAUGUUGAGCAAAGGGCAUGUCAGCUGGCUGCCCUCCUGGAGUCCAGACCUGCAGUGAGGCAUCAGCCUGAGACUGAACCGUCUCGCCGAUUCUUUGUUGACCAGUGGGAACUCUCUCUUAGCCUCCGUGCUUCUAAUCGCCCUUCUUCACCUUCAUCUGACUCUCUCCGACAGAAGUAUAUAAAGAUGUACACAGGCGGAGUGAGCUCAUUGGCUGAGCAGAUAGCCAAUCAGCUUCAAAGGAAAGAGCAGCCCAAAACCCUUCUAGACAAGAAGGAACUGGGCUCACUCAAAAAGGAGUUCCCCCAAAACCUGGGAGGCAGUGACGUCUGCUACUUCUGCCGCAAGCGGGUCUACGUGAUGGAGAGGCUGAGUGCUGAGGGCAAGUUCUUCCACCGCAGCUGCUUCAAGUGUGAAUACUGCGCCACCACUCUGCGGCUCUCCUCCUACGCCUACGAUAUUGAAGAUGGUAAAUUCUACUGUAAGCCUCACUACUGCUACCGACUCUCUGGUUAUGCUCAAAGGAAGAGGCCAGCAGUGGGUUCUCUGUCAGGAAAGGACACCAAGGGAGCACUGCAGGACGCCAUGGCAAGUGAUGGAGGCGGACGGGCAAAUACCAUCCCCAGCUCCGCAGAGAGGGCCGCAGGUUCUAACAUAAACGGGCUGGAGGAGCCCAGCCUUGCCAAGCGGCUGCGCGGCACACCUGAGCGGAUCGAGCUGGAGAACUACCGCCUGUCCCUGCAGCGCGAGGAGGAGCUGGAGGAGGUUCCUGAGGAGACACUUGCAGAGCAUAACCUGAGCAGUGUGUUAGACAAAGGGACGGAAGAGGAUGUGCCCAGCAGUAGUUCAGAGUCUGAGAUGGAGGAGGAAGAUGAGGAAGAAGAUGAUGAACUGCUUCUGCCUCAGCAACCCCCGUCAGACUUGGGCGGUGUGCCAUGGAAAGAGGCUGUGCGGAUCCAUGCCCUCCUGAAGGGAAAGAGUGAGGAAGAGAUUGAGGCUGAGGAAAAUCAUGAGAUAGAGGAUGAGGAGGAAGACGAAGAGGAGGAAGAUGAGGAAUCAAGUGAAGAGGGAGAGUAUUGCCCUUGGGAGAAAGAGCUGCAGCAAGGUCUCUGGCUUCAACAUCUCUCAAAUGAAGAGGACACGGGUACAUUUAAAGCUGGACACCUUAGGCUGCAGCAGAUUGUAAAUCCGGUUGAUCCUCUGGAGAUCCUGGCAGAUGUGCACUGGACACACAUCCGUGAAAAAGAGGAGGAGGAAAAAAUGGUCCCAACCUCAAAGUCCUCCACCUCUAGAGCAUCCGACCUUCCCUCCAUACGCCAUGAGGCGGUACAGGCGUGGCUGGAGACGGUCCCUGGAGCUCCAUGUGAGGAUAAUGAUGUGGAGGAUGAGCUGCACACAGAGCCUGCAGACACAGAAGGGCAGGCAGGCGAAGAGGGAGACACAGGUGCAGAGCUGGAUGAUGAUGACAUCCCAUCUGAUGCAGAAGCAGAGUUUCGCUUACACCAGGGCGGUGUAGAAGAACCAGAAUUAAAAGUCUCUGAAGAUGAAGAUGAUGAGGAAGGAGCAGAACGUUCUUCUUGCGGCGUGACAGAAGAUCCAUCCAAGCCAUCUGACCUUAUCCAGUCAUCUGGUGUCCUUCCUCUGUCUCCAGUAGAUAGUCCCAAAGCAAAACAAGCAGAGGAUGUAAAGGAUCCUCUGGCUGAAGUAUCCCGUGCAAUAAAACCUCCUGAGGCACGCUUUUUUCCUGAGCCUUUCCUUCCUGAAGAGGGACCAAAGGAUGAAAUUCCCAAGGACAGGAAAGUUAAGAGCCCUUUGGUGCCACCAUCUCCAGUGUUAUCCCAGCCAGUUGCCUCCCCCGAAGCCAUUGCGCCUCCAUCGCUAGCAGAGUCUGAGCCAGGGGCACCAUCACUGGCUCCAUCCCCAGCACCCACUCAGAUGCCUAUCUGUUCCCAGCCUCUGCCUUCUGCUGAAACCUCUAUUCCAUCCCCAGGGGAGCCUCCAGUGUGUUUCCAACCUGUCCCAGCCUUAACGUCAACUCCUUUAGCCAAACUGGCCCUUAGGGGCCAGGCUAGUGAGGUGGGAAAACUGGGGAGCCCUACUACUGCAGAGGAAGCCCUGAAACGGAGUAACCUUGUGGAGGAGUUCUGGAUGAAGAGUGCUGAAAUCCGCAAGAGCUUAGGGCUCACCCCAGUGGACAGAAACAAACACCCAGAGACGAACUUUACUGUGUCUGCCCUUGAGACAACUCCGCUGAAGGCUUUCAAUAGUGAGAACACUGCAGGGGAUGAAAGGAUCCAUCCUGUGAAACCCCAGCCUGCCCCGAGGAGACAGGGACUGCCCAGGUUAGAAAACGAGCAGAUUUCUCUGCUCACUCCAAAAUCUCCAUCAGAGAAAGAGCUAAAGAUUUCUGCUGAAGAAAGGAGGGAUGUGUCCAGCAGUUCUGGGCUUGGCCUUCAGGAGAGCUCAUCUAACAUGAGGACUAUGGCCAGCCAGAGCUUCAACACUUCUGAUUCUACCAUGCUUACUCCUCCCUCAAGUCCACCACCACCACCCCCUCAGGGUGAAGAGCCAGCCACUUUGCGUAGGAAGAGGUAUCAAGCACUCUGGCACAAUGAGGUUGAAGCCAGGUCACCUCCAACGCCAGCAUCAACACCUCCUGUUCCCCCACGCCACGAGCCAGCCUCUGCUGACAAAGAGCCAACCCAGGCCAAAAAGGAUGACGUGCGAAAGUCUUUCGCAGAGAGCGUGGAUGAGAUUCCAUUUGCUGAUGAUGUAGAAGACACUUAUGAUGACAGGACAGAGGACUCGAGCCUUCAUGAGAAGUUCUUUACACCUCCUACGAGCAGGCCAAGGCCAGAGAAAGCACUUCUUUUGCCACUGGUCAAAGAAAACGGUGGCCCACCCUUGAUGGAAGGAGGACUUAACCAAAAGAAGAGAGCAUUGCCCGAAAUUUCUGCAGAGGCCAAGGAGCUUGCUGAAGAAAGAAUGAGAGCCAGAGAGAAGUCUGUCAAGAGCCAAGCACUGCGUGAUGCCAUGGCUAAGCAGUUGUGCAAGAUGAAAGAUAUGGAGAUGGCUGCAGCUGCUGCUGCUGCUGCUGGGACCACAAGGGCACGAAAAGCUUCUUCUAUGCCCUUGAAGACCAAAGAGUUGUUUUAUGACUCUCCAAAGCAUUUGGCCUUGAAGUUGGCAGAGGGAUCCACACGAAAGCAUGAUGCUGCUGGCGAGAAGUUCUCCACUCCUCCUGAGGUGGCUGGGCCCGAGGGGUCUGUCACCUCUUCAGAAGGCUCCAGUGGGAAGAGUAAGAAAAGAUCUUCUCUUUUCUCUCCUCGUAAGAACAAGAAGGAGAAGAAAUCAAAAAAUGACAGCAGGCUUUCUGACAAAUCUAGUGGUGGGACAGAGGAAUCAGCAAAGCCCAAGUCCUUAUGGAAAUCUGUUUUCUCUGGGUAUAAGAAAGACAAGAAGAAAAAGACUGAUGACAAAUCCUGCCCAAGUACUCCCUCAAGUAGUGCCACUGUGGAUUCUGGCAAGCACAAAGCUUCUCCGCUGAUUACUGCUGCAGAUUUGCAGCUCCGCCAGCACCUGAGUUUCUCAGAGGACUCGGACCUCUCCAGUGACGAUAUUCUGGAACGCUCCUCCCAGAAAUCCAAGCGAGAGAGGGCCUACACAGAAGAGGAGCUGAACGCCAAGCUGACACGGCGAGUGCAGAAAGCUGCCCGCAGACAAGCCAAGCAAGAGGAGCUCAAGAGGUUACACAGAGCUCAGAUCAUCCAGCGGCAGCUUGAGCAAGUGGAAGAGAAGCAGAGGCAACUUGAGGAGAGAGGAGUUGCUGUGGAGAAGGCCCUCCGGGGAGAAGCAGACUAUUGGGGAGAGUCUUAUUACAGUGACCUCAUCGACUUGCAUCUGGGUGUUGAGUCCAAUGCCGGGACACCACGUCGUAGACCUCUCUCCUUCUGCCCUUGCUGUGCCCAUGAAGGCAUGGGUAAGAAAGAUGAUCCCAAGCUGAUGCAGGAGUGGUUCAAGCUGGUGCAGGAGAAGAACGCCUUGGUUCGCUACGAGUCCGAACUGAUGAUAUUUGCUCGGGAGCUAGAACUGGAAGACAGGCAGAGUCGAUUACAGCAGGAGCUCCGGGAAAGGAUGGCAGUAGAAGAUCACCUGAAGACAGAGGAGGAGCUCUCAGAGGAGAAGAGGAUCCUGAAUGAAAUGCUAGAAGUCGUGGAGCAGAGGGAUUCUCUUGUGGCUCUCCUUGAGGAGCAGCGGCUUCGAGAGAAAGAAGAAGACAAGGACCUGGAGGCAGUCAUGCUCUCCAAAGGUUUUAGUUUGAACUGGUCUUGACCGUAACGUAUUUACCUCUGUUGGUCUGUGUUGUCCAGUUGGCCUACCCUGAGUUCACCAGAAUUACAUGGAUAGGAAGGUGUUGAAGGAGAUACCUCCGAAGGCUCCAACAGCAUUUGGGUUGAAGCACUGAGAAGCCUUUUAAUAAGGGUGUUGGUUCUAGAAGCUUAAGUUUGACAUGUCUGCAAGGCAAGUUGAAGAUCAUCAGUUGAGACUGUGGAGUCUCCUUGAGGUCCUAUAUAAUGGACCAUACUUGUGUGUGUGUGGUAUGAGGGAGAGGAAUAAUCCAUGUGUGGGGAAGGGGGUUAAGGGCUGAAGUACCCUUAACUAAACUGGAUUUAUAGCAGUCCAUUCCUUUCCCAGUUACACCAGUUCUAAAAGGGAGGGAAGCGGCAACCCUCUCUGGAAAAUCACAGCAGCCUGUAGCAGCCUGUAUGGUGGAGUCAGCUGUCCAAGAGAGCUCCAGAAGCCCAGGGCAACAUCUUCUUUGCUUUAGUCUUCCUCCCCACCAAAGAAACCUGAUUGUUAUGCAUGGACAUGAAGAUACGUGAGACAGAGAAGAUGCCACUCGUAUGUGUGAUGGAACUCUCCACCUCCUGGUUUUUGGAGAGAUUUGGACAUCAGAGGAUUCUCUUCCUAUCAUAGCUUCCCGAAUCAUCUUAUUGUGGAGAAGAAAGGGGAGAAGAAGAGAGAGGGAAGAAGCCCCUCUGCUUUGCUACACACUGGAGGGACAGCUACUGCUGGCCUUAGUCUUCGUGGCCACAGCUCAGACGCUGGUGGAUGACUUUGUUCUGUUUUUGUUGUGACUGUUUCGACACUGGAAAAUACUGACUGUGGGACAGUGGUAAGUGUGUGCUGGGGCAGGGGUGUCACCAGGUGGCAGCCCCUGGAGGAGAGAAAGAAGCCCUUAAGUGACUGAAACACCAUUAAGACUUUUCAGUGUUUUUAUUAUUUUCCUCUGUAUUUUGUUUUUUUGCACAUUGGAAACGAAGCUUAAGACCUGCCUGGGCCCUCAGUCACUUUGACCCUUUUAUGUCAAUUAACUUAUUUUUUAAUACUUGAAAGAAGAUUCGUUUUUGUAUCUUUUAGGAGAAAAAAAAAAAACCCACAACAAAACUAUGGACGUGUGAGGGGGUUUGUGUGCCUGCUGCAUCCAACAACUUCCACAUCUAAAUUACUGGACAUUGUUACCUGUGGCUAUUUAUUGGUGUUGUUAUUCAUGAUUUGAUUGUUACAAAUAUCUGCUGGUGGAAGGAGCGUUUUAAAGACACUACUGCGGAUCGGUCCCUGCUCGCAGCAAGGGCUGCCUUGAUGUACCCACGGAUGCAUCUUGUCCUAGGGAGUUUUUACUUUAUGACAAAAAACCCUGCACACUCUAUUUGUGUUUCUAGUGUAUUUUUCUUCUGUCUCCCAUAUCCCCUCUUUUGGAGUAAUAAAACUAUAAUUUAUUUAAAUUUUACAUUUUUAUAACAAGAAAGCCAAAACUGUGAGGUAGAAACAUCGCAAAUGUGUCUCUUUCUCACUGAAAGAAGGGACCCUCACGCUCCUGAGAUCCAGCUAGAGGGAUUUCCAUGAAAACAAAAAGAGCACAUUUCCUGCUGCAUCUGUUGGAGGAAGCUCCUUCUAACUCAGCCAGUGAAGCUGCUGCUUUUCAGCCAGGAGGGUACUCUUAUUCAUGUGGUAACCCAUGAGCAGGAUGUUCCCUGUUGGACAGACUCCCUGAGCACACUAUGUCCUUACCUCGUCCCACAGAGCUGACGCAGCACUCUGCAUUGGGGACACAUCCCAUCCUUAAGGGGGUUUUCUCUCUUGGGAUGUGGUCUAUGUUCAUUUCUUGUUGGGAUGUGGUCUACGUUCAUUUCUUGUUGACAUCCUAAGCCUGCUCCCUGAUGCCUUUGACAAGGCAUCCCAUUCCCAAACAUAUUCAUGUAACACGCUGACUCUUUCAGCUUGAUCUUAUGCUGGUGGUGCAAGGCACCCAGGCAGGGGUGGACAUCCUUUAAUCUUUUGCCCUAGGACAGACGUUAUCUUGGUUUCUUGCUGUUGGCUCUUCCCUCAAAGAGGUCUUCUCUAAGGCAAGGUCUAUGAUUUGAGUUCACCUCUGACUCAGGAGCAUCCCUCGGGCUGAGGAAGAAUGGGUAGGACUGUCUCCAGAGACUCCCAAGUGAUGCUGGUUUUCAACUGUGGGAACAUGUUUUUCUGCUUCAAGGGUUCCCCCCUUUAUCCCUUGCUGAUGUCUUCUGAUGCCUCUGAAACGAAGCAGGCAGGCAGCUGCAGUGCUCCCUUGUACAUCAGCAAGGAGUACCUGCUACACCAGCAUCACCAAGGGUUAGCUAGCCAAUAGGAUGUCCAGCAAACAGAAUUCCCUCACCCUGUUUGUCAGCUGGACAAGUCCAGGUGGCAGUGGUAGUUUAGAUAGCCUGCAUUUCAGGGUCCAGCAGAAGCUGGAGAGGAGGAGGGAAGAGGGAAGCUAGAUAGAGAGAUUGUUCUAAGCUGCUUGUGCACUAUAGGUGUAAGGACCACAUCUAACUUCUAACAACAGAUCAGUGAACAUGAGCCAUAGAAGAGACAGAAGAAAUACCAGAUUACAACUUUUCCCUUUCAUGCUGGGGGGAUGCUGGCCAGAUCUUCACAAUGCUGAAGACUGACAUCACUCGAGCCCUUCUGCAGGGGAAAACUGCAUAUUCUCAACCUGAACUCUUCAGGUUAUACUGAAGGCCUCCAGCAGCGAAGGAAAAUGGAAGAGCAAACAUCACACACACAAGUUAAUUGAGAAGACAAGAAAGGGAAUGUUCCAAGGCCUUUUUAUAUCAAAAUGGUUGGAAAAGGCACAACUCCUCUUUGCUGUUCCCUUGCACUUUAAGACUAUGACUCGCAUAUCAGAUAACUGGGGUUUUUUUUACUAUCUGAAUAUUUUUAAUUCAAAUUUUAUAUUUUUAAAGCUGAAGAAGGCUCUUGUGACCACAAGAUCCCUUAUUUGUAUCAGAAUCCAAGUAGGAUGUUCUAGCUCUUUGUGUUGCCCAGGUGGGCAGCAGCAGCAGCACAUGACUCAGCCCUGUGCGCUCAGUGACAACGUGCCCGUUUCACACACGAGGGGAGCGAACGUGCCCCCAGCUUCCCAGAACUGGGCACCCAAAGGCAUCCGUCCCCAUGUGACACGGUCCAGACCAGGGAUGGCCUCUUCCUCCCUGCAGCAGGUAGAAGGAGAGCCGAGCUUGGAACCUAAGCUGUGUUCUUUUGAAAUAGACACAUUGAGGAUGAAGCAAGCAUUUCAGCCCCCUGUAGGGAAGAGAGGGGGACACCACCUCCUGGACACAGCCAGGAGGCCAAUGGGGAUGGGGGGAGUGAGGACUGCCAAAAAAAAACCAAAACCCUAAUCAUCUGCUAUUUUCACAGCACAAUUCUGUUUCUUUUAGCUGUUCUUUUAACCACGUUUUCAUCAAAGCUCACAAGCGGCUGUAAAAUCCUGAGCUUCAAAGAACUGAUGUGUGGGGAGGUGACAAGAUGUUUCAGCUCCAGCUCCCAGACAUAUUCCUUCUUUCAGUUAACCAAUCCCCCCCAGUCUCGCUAGGGCACAUUACAAACCGUGUUGCUGAACAUAUGUUAGAUCAAACAGCAAGUUUCAAGAGUCUGUCCUCCUCUCUCUCCGUCUCUGCAUAUUUCAUGUAAAUACUUGUUUGUAUGUAAAGACACCAGUGGAUCCCUGGGCGACCCCCACAGUCAAGAACCUGAGUUUUGUGCAAUGCCUAGGCCUCCUUCCUGUAGAACACGGUGCUUGCUUAGAGCUAGUCACCACAUUUGUGUGCACUCUGGUGGUUUUUAAUAUUUUUAUACAUCCUAAUCCUGAACAUUUUGAAGUAUUGUAAAGUGGUCUAGACUGCAUGAUCUAGAGCAGCCAGCAGUUCCGUUUCCUUAGCAGCAGUUCCUGGAAUGUUCACAGCUGCACCUUGUUUGGUUAACAUUCGUUUCCAGCGAGUUCGGUUCGGUGCUUACACCAGGCACGAGUGGAAAAGAAAGGUGUUGCAUUAUCAGAUCUCCUGUAUGCAAAGUGAAAAGCCACAGUGUGGCUUGCUGGGAACUCCAGUCAUCAUUGUCUGCAGUGAAGAGAACUCUAAAGCAUACUAAAACCCAGCCUGUACAUAGCUAACGGAGAAGGAGGUGGCUGGCUCUUGGCUGUUGCAAAACUUUCUGAAAGCUCCUGCUUUUGGAUUGCUCCGAGUACUGCUGUAGGCAGGGUAGGCAGGCAGAUGAGGAUGGCACUGACAGCAGAUGUGAAGGGGAGGAUGCCACCUUCUGCUGGCGUCGCAGUAAUUGAAGUACUCUGUGUGUGCAUGCGUGUUGCGUGUGUGAGGUUUAAUCCAGCUGAGGGGAUCUGCCUUGGCACCUUCCCUGACGUGUGAAAGUGAACUCUGAUAUUCAGACUGUUCAAGGCCCUGACGGUUGGCACGUGUGGAGCGUUGUUAACAGAGAAGUGUAUACCCUACCUGUACAAAAUCCAGCUCUGUUCCAGCCUGUUUUCUUCUGUUUGGUUGUGUUUUAUUGUUUGGGUUUGUUUUUUUUAAUGCACACUUGCUUCGUUGGUGUUGAGAUUUUAGCACCUCAGUUGGCCAACUGAACUAAAAAUAAUAAUAAUAAUAAAGUCAUUAAUUAUUUUUU